GCCGGGGGCGGCUGCAACCUGAGGCCACCCGUCAGCUAAUUGCAGAUUACUCCCCGCACCUGGUUGCCGUCUGGUCUGGGGUCAUCCUCCUCUCUGCCGGGACAGGCUAGACUGGCACCCGCGCCUGCCUGCCUUCCUCCGUCCGUCUGCCCUCCUUCCCCCUUCCCUCCGUCUUUAGGUGACAACUAUGAUUCGUCGGAUUGCUAUGCAUAUUAAUGAGGCUCCAUUAUAAACAGGAGGAGCCGGAGUGGAUGUGCUCACAACCAAAGUCUAUAGUGGGAAGGAGUUAACGGCGCUGGGGAGAGUAGAGUUUUUGACAUCGGGACUGCUUGAGCAUCGUCCAACCAUGAAGGGUUUGCUGAGCGCCGCCGUCCUUCUCCUGCUCCUCGUCAUUUGCUCCAUUGAUGUGGAGGCUUAUAACUGUAAGUGUAUUCGGAAAAGACCGAAGAUCAGCUACAAAGACGUACAGAAGGUGGAAGUUAAAGCGCGAUACCCCUUCUGUAAAGAGAAAAUGAUCUACGUUACCACGUCUCGUUCCAGGCGUCAGCAAUACUGUCUGCAUCCCAAAUUGCCCAGUACCAGGAAUCUGAUCAACCAUUACAUCAAAUGGAUGACGACACACGCGACAUACGUGGAAUAGAAUAUCCACGGGCAUGUGCACAGUGGCUGAGCUCUGUGUAGUAACGGAAUCCUAUUACGAAAGACGAAUUCAAGAUCUUCGUUUCCACCACAAUGGAGUCCUAUUUUCCUUUCCUGGUAACAUGCUGCUUCAAUGGUCACCCACCGCUACAAGCCCGCGGAAUCUGGAGGCGUCGGGCAAGCAGCUUCCAGACCAGUAUACAAACUUCCGUCAUCGCGACUUUGCAAGUCCUCCAUCAAAUAAAAGGCGCGCGGAGGGAAGGGGGUUAUUUUUCAAUAAAAGUGGUGCAAUUUGAUAUUUUUGUAUUUCAUUACCUGACAUCCAGAUUUAUAAAAUAUGCACUCUCGGUUUUAAUCUAUUGUGUGCAGGAGAAAUUCUAUUUUAUCUUGAACGCUAUGAGUGGUUUACUUGUGUGAACCUGUAUAAACGCUAACAGAGGAGAAAGGAUUUGAAAAGCGCGUUGGGUUUUUUUUCCUCUGUGGAAGGGAAGCAAUGGUGUGCGUUGGAGGGAAGAGUUGAGUGUGCCCCGGGUAGGGGUAAGUCCCACCCGUGGUUGGUAGGUUAUUUGCAUCCGUCUGUAUUUUUGCUAAUUUAUAUUACUUACUCCAGUGUGCUUUAUGUAAAUACAGCAAUAUUUUAGAAGUUCCAGCGUGACUCCAAGGAAAUGCUGAGGUGUCGUUUGCUUCUGAUGUAUUUUCAAAUAAAGUUUAAGAAAUGGCGGGGAAAAAAUCGAGUGCACUUUAU